AUGUCUCUUAAACAACUGCUAAUCUUCGUGUUAAUUGUUGCCUUUACUGUAGGCAACAAAUGCCCAUCCGGCGGUAAAAUCUAUGAAAGAGGAAUCAGCGAAGGAGGAAUCAAAGAAAUUGUUGAUGACCAUAACUAUUACAGAACUUUGAUUGCCAAUGGGAAGGUGAAAAAUCAACCGAGAGGUGUUAACUUGAAAAGAUUGGUAUAUGAUAAAGCUUUGGCUUCGAAGGCUCGAACAAUAUCCGACACUUGCGACUUCAAUCAUAUAACAAUCAAAGAUGAUCGUUGGAAAGUUGGUCAGAAUUUAGCAAGGGUUAUGAGCAAUAAAUUGGAGGAGAAACCUGUUCAGGAUUGGAAAAAAAUUAUUACAACUUGGUUCGAUGAACAUAAGCUUUUCGUUUUUCCUAACAUCACGUCACCUAAGACAGGUCACUAUAGCCAAGUGGUUUGGGCCAACAGCAAGUUUAUUGGAUGCGAUUUCGUCUAUUACUACGACGUUGACAAACCUAAAUCACCAUACACCAAACUCUACACAUGCAACUACGGACCUGGUGGAAACGUCAAAGGAGAGGCGCCUUAUAAAACAGGAAAAUCAGGAUGCGAGAAUUUAUGCUAAAAAUGUAAACAAAUCAGUUUUUUUUUUUGAGAAAUAAAAAGUUUAGAUUUUCCU